GACCUUCUCAUCAGCAACGGCACUUGCUACUAUGCGAAGGGAAAGCUGGCCGACAAUUACUUCAUUCCCUGCGGUAACGCCGCGUUUGGGCACAUUCAUUGCUGUUCGGCAGGAAACAAGUGCUUAGUCGACAACGCCUGCUACAGCGACGAGUAUGGAACGACGUACCUGGCGGCGUGCACCAACGAAAGCUACAGUGAUGAUCGCUGCCCCGACAAAAAAGCGUAUCGAGAAUACCCAUGGGCUGGCUUGGUCUACUGCAAACCCAACGAAUGGGUAGCGUGCAAGGAGAAGGCGAAACCCGCGACUAUCACCAAAGGAGACGGGUGCGCAUGCCCUCAUUCAACUGCUGCCACCUCAGCCAUCGCUUUUACCCAAGGGCCAUUCAUACCAUCAAUUGGCAGACUACCUGCCACAAUUGGGGGAAGAAUAGAGUGGGAGCCAUCACAUUUCCCGACAGGACCAACAUCGUCGACAUUGUUGACAGCACCGACAACUUCCUCCGUGGUCACGGCUACCGUACCACGGUACCACCCGCCCCUGCCGAUUCUAUUACCGCUACAUCGACCCCAAUUGCUGCCGAUCAUACAAUCUCUUCGGGCCUAAGCGACGCCGCGAAGAUUGGCAUUGGGGUUGGCACGGGAUUUGCUGUGCUCAUGCUCCUUGGUGCUCUCUCGGCGAUAUGGAUAAUCCUGCGACGUAAUCAUACAAAUAAUGGCUCAAGCCUGGACGAGGCGCAGACAUCACUUCCAAUGCACAAUAACAAGGAAAUGGGUCCAGUUGAGAUGCCGGCGAUGCCGGCCUUGCCCCCAAAGUCACCGUUUAUUCCGAGACCGCAGUUCAUUGAUCAGCGCCCCCAGGAUCCUAGCGGGCCGUGGUUGAUGUCUUGUCACGCACAACGGCGAGAAAACAUACCACCCUCCAAAAGCCGGUACUCAGCGCCCUCGGAACUCAUGGCGCCAAUCGGCCCUGUGGAAUUGCCUGCCUGAUGGGGCUGGAAGAGCCCUGCUCUGUU